AUGUACCGCCAGGUGAUCGACCCGAUGUAUCUUCUCGUGGCAAUGCAGCUUGAGGUCAAAGGCGUGGCUAUCCCGGCUGAUAUCGUCGACGUGGGCUAUAUGUACCACGAGUGGAGUGCGAUUUGCCUGACCAUCUCCUGGUGCACAUUCGGCGCCGUCAAGUUCAGCUUCCUCUUUUUCUUCAAGCCACUCAUCGAUCGGAUCAAGCCCUGGCAAAUUUACUGCUGCCCUUAUUACUACGACUCGAGGCAAUACACAUGUUCGGUUGGGUCUAAGAAGGGAGUGGUCGUGACAGAAUCUAUCGUCCUUAUGAUGUUCGAUACCGUUGGAGACUUUUUGAUUCUCGCAAUUCCCAUCCACAUUAUUUGGAAAAUCCGGGUCCCACGGUCUCAAAGAAUCAUCCUGACGGCGUCGCUAUGCCUAACAGUCAUCAUGAUCGUCUUGUCGAUUGUCCGGGUCUCUGGACUUGCCUCCCGUGAUAUAGUGGAUACCAUUUGGGAAACAUACUGGCAGUUCCUCAGCGCCGAGGAGGGAGUAUUCCUAGUGGCGGCAGUAUCAUUUCGUUCCUUCUUUGUGGCGCAAAGCCGAUCACGCAUACCCCCUUACAACUCGGUCAACCCUGAAAAGACCACUCUUUAG